AGCACUGAUGUCUGCUUAUCUUGUAAACACACAUUCUCUCUCUCUCUCAUACACACACAUACGUAUGUUUUCUUACAGAUACCCAGAAGACAGAAAUCUAAGGCAUCCACAGGAAAAUCAGAUGGCAUUAAAAACCCACUACAAUGACUGUUUAUUAUCCAUGUGGCAAUCUCUGGAGGGUCAAUAACCCAAUCAUUAUCCAGGCUGAUUGAGAGUAAGUGCUUGUGCAGUUCACCCUACUGAAGACAAACUACAAGGCAGAAAAAUGAUGAAUCCGGAUAAUUUAACCUCCCGAAGCUUCCUCUCAGCCAUUCAUAGCAAUGCCAGCAAUUUAUUCUCUGGGCUCCAGUUUGUGCAGUCCUUCAAGCCACUCAUCAUUCCUUGCUACUCCCUGGUGGUGUUUGUUGGCAUCAUUGGAAAUUAUCUCCUCAUCUAUGUCAUCUGCAAGACAAAAAAAAUGCACAACGUCACCAACUUCCUGGUAGGCAACCUGGCUUUUUCAGACAUGCUCAUGUGUGCAACAUGCGUGCCUCUAACUCUUGCCUAUGCCUUUGAGCCCAGAGGGUGGGUCUAUGGACGCUUCAUGUGCUACUUUGUGUUUCUGAUGCAACCUGUCACUGUGUUUGUAUCCGUCUUUACCCUGACCGUCAUAGCUGUUGAUCGGUACUAUGCCAUGGUGUAUCCUCUGCGGAGGAGGAUCACAAUCCCAAUCUGUGCUUAUAUUCUGGCUGCUAUUUGGCUACUGAGUUGCAUGUUAGCUGCGCCAGCCUUGGUCCAUACCUACCAUGCAGAGUUCCCGGAGCUGGACUUCUCCAUCUGUGAAGAGUUUUGGUUCCACAUGAAGAGGGACCGCUUAGCUUAUGCCUACAGCACUCUUAUCAUUACAUAUGUGUUGCCCUUGAUCAUCAUCUCCUUGUCCUACCUGAGAAUCUCUGUCAAACUGAAAAACCGGGUGGUCCCUGGCAAUGUUACCCAGGGCCAAGCUGAGUUGGACAGGGCUAGGAGAAGGAAGACCUUCCGCUUGCUGGUCUUGGUGGUGGCAGCCUUUGGAGUCUGCUGGCUGCCCCUUCACAUCUUUAACGUGAUAAAAGACAUUGAUAUUAAUUUGAUAGACAAGCAGUAUUUCAACCUCAUCCAACUGCUGUGCCACUGGUUUGCGAUGAUGUCUGCCUGCACCAAUGCCUUUCUCUAUGCCUGGCUGCAUGACAGCUUCAGAGGGGAAUUGAAGAAGAUGUUUGCCUGGCGGAAGAAGAAGAUUGGACCUGCCACAAACUGUAUUAUGGCCAGUGUGGUGCUGUAAAUGUGUGUGUGUGGGGGUUGAUUACAAUGCAUUUCUCUUCCCAGAGAUAAAUACCUUCUACUAUUAUUCAUGAUCAAAUUCUAUGUUCCUUCCUCAGGCCUCAAAUGUGAUAAUCCAGGAUCCCAAGCCUAUCUCCACAAGGAAUUGUUGUGGCCCCAGCCCCGCUGUGGAGAUGGUGGCAGAGAUCUCUCAAAAUAACCCUCUGCUGUUGGGAUAAGGCCCUGUAUUGGAUCCUGAGCCCUCUGUCAAGCUGUUAGAGGAGAUGCCCCCCGACUUGAUCUCCCUUUGUAAAACCACUGCUGUGACCUUACCGUUUACUUACAGUGGAAGCAGGUACCAAGCCUGCAAGAUCUCUGUUGAGGAGGUAGAGGUUUCAUCCCUCACACAAACAGCCUUCUACUGCAUGGAUAAAUGUGCCUUUAUCUGCCCAGAUCCCCUUCCUGGGGAGGAAAUAGGGAUUCUGGGGAACUUGGAGGAGAGCUAGGCACGCCACAGAGGCCUCUGCUUCAGAAAUGUAGAGGUGAGAAUGGGGCCUAGAUGCCUCUAAAAGCUUGGGGUUGAGUCCUAUAAGCCUAUAUAAAGCCCAA